UUACUGUCAGUGUGGUCAGCUGAUUCCUGCCAAGGAAUCAACAAACGACAAACUCUAAUUGAAAUUAAUUGCAAUAUUUCAACAUUUCAUUGAAUAUGAAUUAUAAAAACUAACUCUAAAUUUAAGGAAUAUGAAUCUACAUCAAAUUGUUAGUGGAGCUUGUAAUGCAGGCGAUAAAUGUUUUGCUGUGGGAAGUGUGGAAGGUGUCCCAUUUACAGCCUAUGCAGCUGGAUGUAAUAUAGUUUUGUUGGCUCCUACUUUUGAACGAGUGCAAAUUAUUCCAGGAGCUGUGCAUGAUUACAUUAGAAUCACAGCUAUUGAUUGUUCUAGUGAUACUGGUAAAAUUGCAGCAGCUUAUGAUAACACUGUUUGUAUAUAUGAGCCAACACCUUUAAUAUCUAAUAACUCCUCCCAUGGUCUGGAUUAUCGCUGGGUUCAAACUGGUACUUUCAAAACUGAAUCCACUAUCAAAACAUUAAGUUGGAACCUUGAAGGUACAAGACUAUUAACAGCUGGUGAACAUGUGCAGUUAUGGCAUCUCAAAACAUUUGCUCCUGAGGAAAAAGAUGAUACACAAAAUGAAGGUGUUACCUUCACUCUUGGUGGCGAAACAAAUGAAACCUCUGAAGGAGGUGAUGCUGAAGAUUCGGAUAAAACACCUUCAGAAGCAUCAGAGGCAUUAAGGACCAAACCAAAAACUCCAAAACCUGAACAAUCAUGGCAGUGUGUAUGGAAAGCAACAACAGCAAUUCCUGUGCAACAUUUGGCUUUCAGCCCAGAUGGUACGUUAUUUGCAACUUGUGGAGAGGAUGACAGACUUGUGAAGAUUUGGUAUGAGAACAAACAAUUUUUAUUCACUUCAAAGUCAUCUGAAGAGCCAAGGGAGUUAGAAUACACAUUUGUUUACAUUGCUCAUCCUAGAGCUGUAACACACUUGUCUUGGAGGACUACCAGCAAAUACAUGCCAAAAGGGUCAGUUUCAAAUAUGUUGGUAACAUCAUGCAAAGAUAAUAUCUGCAGAUUGUGGGUUGAGACUGUGCUUCCAGAAGAUGGUUUAGUUAAUUUAUCUCAGUUAGAUCCCCAAGCUAACCAUCCAAAAUUUAGAACACAUCGACACAAGCAUAGAUUUCUGAUGAGAUUGAAACAUAUGAAGACUUGCUUCCACAUCCGUCGUCAUGCAAAGCAUCAGGCACAAGGAACUAUUGGUACAUCUCCUCCAAUACCUACAUUACCAUCAACUUACAGUGUGCAUGAUUUUCAUUCAUAUGGAUACCACGGCACAGGAGUAACUCCUGGAUUACAUUUUCAUUUGGCUGCCAGUGUGAAUGCCGAAACUGAUAUUCCUCUGGUGCCAAAUAUUAGUUUUUGCAAUCCUAGACCUGCUUUUGUUCUACAUUGGCUUGACAACAAAGAAAUGCACUUCAGUCUGCAAGCUGAAUCCUUAUUGGAAGAAUACACCAAACGUACGUCGGUUCAUAUGGAAGAUCACACAGAGGAACCUUUAGAAUCAGGAGGAUCUGAUGGAUUAGAUGCUCGUAUAGAAACACUCUUGAGGGAUUGGCAUCAUAGUCCUGAUUUAUUGUUCAGUAUACACCCCUUAGAUGGAAGUUUUCUUAUAUGGGUAAUUGAGUGGUUGGAUGAAUAUCAUCCAGGCUCUUUCAGACAAGCACAGGUUUCAUUUUCCACACGAAUUCCUCAAGCCUUUCCCAUAGGUGAUUCUAUGAGUAUGUCCACAACAGUCAGUUUAUAUCAUGCAGCACCUUUAUUAAAACAUUUAGUGAAGGAUUGUAUCAAUAAAGAUAAUCUUCCUAUCAUCAAAGAAUCAAAUGAAAAUAAGAAAAUUUCAGAGGAGCAGCAAGUUAAGGAGGAACAGGCAGGCACUUCCCCACAUGUAUCUUUAGUUACUAAACAUGAUAAUGGUACUUUGAAUUUGUGGGAGUUAACUUUUGCCGAAAAUACGAAGUUCAGUCAAGUACUCAGUAUAGGGCACAGGAGUCGUGCUUCUGGACACAGGUUUAGAGUUAAUGAUAUUACAUGCCAUCCAGUUCUACCUUUAUUACUCACUACUAGUCAUCACAAUAUUGUUGAUUCCAAUAAAACAGAAAGCAAGAGUGGAUUUUGUAGCGAGCUGAUUUUAUGGAGAGUAGAUGCAGUUGGUCCUCUAUCUAAAUCUGGAGGCAUUUCAGAAUUAGCAAGAAUAAGCUCCCCAGAACCAUCUGCUUUUAGUAAUGUUGCAUGGAUUCCAACUCUACUACCAUCAAGUACACUAGGAACCUUUUCAAACUCCCCAAGUGCUUGCUUUGUUGCUUCUGAUGGUCAUUGCUUGAGAGUUUAUCAAGCUGUAAUUGAUGCCCGUACUUUACUUGCAGAGCUCUCAGUUAAAGAAAAUCGUAAAAAUGAAGAUAAUGAAAGUGCCAUGUCUGACUUGUCCUCAAUGGAUGAAGCUACCUUACUUGAAAAUAUAAACAUUGUAUCGCAACAAAGUACAUCCAGACCAGGGUGUAUAAUUCAAUUAGAAACUAUUUCGGAAGCUAUUCAAUGGCACAACACUAUUUUCCUUCAUGUUUAUCAAGAACAGCUAAUUACUGGACAAAGAACUACUCCUAUAAACUUAUCUGGAAAUGAUGCUAUGGUUGAUCUACAGCAAUCCACGGUUUUCGAAGAACCAUUUUUCAUAGUCCUGCUAGAUUGUACAGAUCAGAAUACCAUCAUUCAUAUGUGGAAGUUGGUAAUUGCAUCUAAUGAAGGUGAAAUGUCUCUAACAGGAAGUCAAAUGUAUGUACCUGAUUGUAAUCUAGUUCAGGAUGAAAAUGAUCUGUCGAGGAGAAAUAGUUUGGAAUCUCUACAUUUGAAACAUGCAAAAGUUACGCCGCAUAUCAAUAUCACAACCAGAAGAGAAGUUAAACAGAUUCUUCCUAUACCAGAGGGCGUUGAAAUCGUUCAUGCAGCUCCUGCAGCUGGACACUUGAGUUCAGCAUCGAUAUAUCCUGCUUGUUUAGCGCCAUAUUGCUUUGCAACAGCUUGCAGUGAUGGAAUAAUUAGGUUUUGGUCUGUUUCUAGUGACAUACAAACAGUCAAACAAUAUAAUCACAUGAUGCUUGAAGAAAAUGGUGAAAAAGUUGAUACAAAGAAGGUAUGGGUUGAAUGGAAUAUGCACAAGGAAUCAGCUAUAGAGAUAGAAGGACAGGUUCUUAAUAUUAGUGUCGCUUACUCAGGCAGGUUAGCGUGCGCAUAUAAAUAUGGAAAAAGCUUCACAAGACCAAAUAAAAAUGAUCAUGACUCAAGAUAUAUUAAUUUAUGUGUUGCAAUUUAUGAAUGUGAAAGCACUGGUGGUACAGAAUGGAUACUUGAAGAUGUAAUCCAUUUGAAGAAUAUUGUUUUGCCUAAAAUAAAUAUAGAUAGGCAUCUUGAUUUGAGCUACCUAUAUGAUUCAAGGACUUUAAAAAAGAAGCAACAGAGAUUGAAUGAGGUUUUACAUACUCUAGCUGAAGAUCGACCUAACACUUUAUCGGCAGAACCAAUGAAACCUACUUUAUUAGCAGUUCCAAGCUUUACUACACUUCAAUCACUUAGAAAAUCCAUUGCUGAAAUGGGAAAUAUUUGUCCAAUAACUCAAAAGCAUAUUGUCCAACUAGAUUGGGUGUCUUGUGAAGAUGGAUCUCAUAUUCUUACUGUAGCAUGUGGAAGUAAGAUUAUGCUCUACACACCUCUUUCUACUGACUUAGCACAAGCUAAUGUUAAAGCAAUGAAAGAAUCUAUAAGUAAUUAUCGCCCUAUUUUGAGAAAGGCUAGUUCUCUUGCACAACCUAUGUUUGUUGACGAUUUCAAAUGGAUGACUUUAAGGAAAAUUGAACUAGAAACAGCUGACGGCUUACCUGCUCUACCCAUGCAAAUUAGUUGGGUCAGAGAUGGUAUAUUAGUGGUGGGAAUGGACUCUGAAAUGCAUGUUUAUACUCAGUGGAAACCUCAAAAUUGUGACCAGAAAACAGAGACAGAUGAAAUAGAUUGUAGAGCAGGAAGAGAGGUUGAUUUUAGGACUUUAACUCAAGAGAACCAAAGAAAGCUUGCAGCAGUACCAACUUUAGGAAGGAUUAGUUCAGUAAAUCUUCAAAUCUUAGACAGAAAGAGGGCAAAUAAAGACAUAAAUAUUGAUUAUAUGCCUGACUACGGAUUGUUCGAGGCAUCAAGAAUAGCCUGUCCAGUUUUACCACAAUAUCAUCCAAAACAAUUGAUGGAAUUGCUUAAUUCAGGAAAAAUACGUUGGGUGAAGGCAAUUUUGGGCCAUCUUGUUAAGUGUAUUGGUGGUGCUACACAAGACACUCCAGAAGAAAUACAAAAUUGGGCAAGAGCUAGAACUUUAUCAGUCAGUUACCCUGCUGGUAGUCCUGAACAUAGGGCAAGCAUAGGAGAAAUUGCUUUAGAUUAUGAUGAAAUACAAAAUAUUGCGCCUUUACCAUUAUGGACACUUUUGGCGGCAGACAAAGAGAGACCAGUUGUCCAGGAAGAAAAAAAAGAUUACAAUGAACUUUUCGAUAACAAUGUAGUAAUGGAAGAAUCAUUGGAUACUCUUUUGGAAGAUCAAGAAGUUUCAAGACUUGAAAGACGUCCAUCUGAAAGACACGUCGGUUUAACACAUUUUACUCCUAAACAAGGACGUAUUUUGUCUCGUCUUCUAACACAUAUGCAUUUACCAGGCCUUUCAAGUUUGGAUCAGAUGCAUUUAUUAGCUCUUGCUGACACUGUAGCUACUUGCAACACUGAUUUAGCUGAAAGAUUUGCCAUUGAUGCUGCUAAGUCGGCAAUGGCGAAAGAAAAUCUUGUAGGCCAGCCAGAUGAAGUUAUUGCAGAUUCUUUAGAUGACUGUGGACUUAGAUUUUUAUUGGCCAUGAAGCAUUAUGGUUACUUAUUAAGAUGUCUUCCAUUGGCACAAAGAGCUCAGUUCCAGAAGCAAGGAGUUGGAACAAAUAACUUAGCUUGGGCUUUCCAUUCAGAAAGUCAAGAAGAGCUUUUAAAUCUCAUUCCCAGCUAUGCAAAAGCAGAGCCUACUUGGCCUACUUUGAGAGAAUUAGGAGUUGCUUGGUGGAUAAGAAAUAUGAGUCUCUUGAAACAGUGUGUCCAAGUACUUGCUAAAGCCUCUUUCCAAGCUAAACAAGAUCCGAUGGAUGCAGCCCUUUACUAUUUAGCCAUGAAUAAAAAAAGUUUACUGUGGGGACUUUAUAGAUCUAAACAUGAUGAGAGAAUGACCAAUUUCUUCUCAAAUAACUUCAGCGAAGAAAGAUGGAGAAGAGCUGCUUUGAAAAAUGCCUAUGCAUUAUUGGGAAAGCAAAGAUUUGAUCAUGCUGCAGCUUUCUUUUUACUUGCUGGAAAUCUCAAGGAUGCUGUUGAAAUAUGUAUUAAUCGUUUAAAUGACAUUCAAUUAGCUAUUAUUAUCAUUCGGUUGUACGAAGGAGAUGAUAAUAUGCUAAAAAAGUUACUCUAUACAGAGAUAUUAGGGUGUGAUGAAGAUGGUAACAAUCAAGAUAUUUGUAAAGCACAUCCUGAUCCAUUUUUGCGUUCUAUGGCCUUGUGGACAUUGAAAGAUCAUCAAGCUGCACUUAGCACACUGUUAAUAGGAAAUGCUGGAACACAACACAAAUACCAUGAUGAUGAAACAAAAGAACCAAGAGAAACUAAUCCUAAUGUAUUUAAUUUCUAUAUUUACUUAAGAACCCAUCCUCUUUUGAUUAGACAGCAUGUUGCCAGUAGAGGACAAAGAAAAGUGUGGUUGCAUGGUGGAAAACAAGUGGUAGUGGAAGAAUCAAUUACCCCUUUGGAGAGACAGCUCUACUUCACUACUGCUCAUGGUCAUUUCAGAGCCGGAUGUCCAGCGUUAGCUCUGGAAGUUUUGUCGAAACUUCCAUUAGUUGUUGCUGAUCCUAAAAACACUCCAGCUUCAACACCAAAGGAAAUCAAAACUAUACCUGAGAUAGACACUGGUAUUCUCAGUUGGGAUGGUGUAAAGCUUGAAAGUAAUCAAGAAUCCUGUGCAGUGGAUUGGGGUGCCCCCGUUACUGGUUUUGGCGUGAAAACUGAUGAUUUUGAACUCAAAUGGAGUGAUGAUGAAGAUGAUAAGGAUUCUGACGGUUCAGAUGGUAUGAUAAGUAUGAACAUAGAUGGUUCUAAAAAGGAAACAACCUCAGAAAUUGAACCUGAUAAUGUAGAUAAGGAAGAUGGAUAUCAACAAAUUGAUAUCAUGGCACAACAGUUGAAAUUUGUAGCCUGCCUUAAAAUACUCAUGGAAGAACUUUCUACAUUAGCCACUGGAUUUGAAGUUGAUGGUACUCAAUUUUUUUUGCCUUCAGGGAUAACAGGUGGUCAGCUACGGUAUCAACUUUAUAUUUGGCUAGAAAAAGAAGUUGAAGCCCUAAGACAGCUUUGUAACUACAGUCCAACUGAAAUAUCUGAAUUGGCGGAUUUGGAACAAGAGCCUGAGCCUGGCGAAGUAAAUCCUAGGCCUACUCUUCACGAAAUUUUGAUUCAAGAAAAACUUGAUUUCGAAGCCAAAGUACAGAGGGCAGUUAAGAGGAGAAUGUGGCUAAGAGCGAACGAAACUCUUUUGAGAACACUGUUGAGUUAUUGUUCUUUGCAUGGAGCUACUGGAGGUUUAGCUUCAGUAAGAAUGGAAUUGGUAUUAUUGUUGCAAGAACUUCAACAAGAGAAAACCCAUCAUCAGCUCUUGAGUCCAUUACCUUUUCCAACAAGUUUACCAUUACUUGCAGCUAGUGUUGCUAGUAGUAAGACUGUUAUAGCAGAUCCAAUAAGAUAUUUACAAUGCCUCACCCAUGAUAUGCUCCACACAAUGGUGGAACUUGCUCAACCUGGAAUGGGACAAAGUCAACUUCUGGUACUUAGAGAUCUUGCCAUAGCAUUAUCUGCUUGUAUUUAUCAAUCUCUAUGUGAUUCAGAUACAUUCAAAAGUAGUUUUCAAGAUGCCAAGGAUGCUUGUGCAACUCAUCUGGUGGGAAAAAGAAGAAGAAUUUCAAUUAAUGAGGGUCAUCAUAUAACAACUUUACCUUCUAAAUGGCCUGGAGUUACUAGCUUGAGAUCGUUGUUAGCCAGAGAAAAAGACGAAGAUACACCAAGACUGAAUGUUGUGUUGUGUGAGGCUUUUACGGCAACUUAUUUAUCUUUACUUCUCUACGGGCUCUGUACAUGUGAUUGCAUUAUAUUGUAUCAUGUGACAGGGCAGAAAUUUACUCAAGAAGUUUGGGGGCUACUAUUUGGUGGUGGAAUAAAAAAAUUGUUGAGAACAGCAAGUGUCUCUGGUUCUACUGGAACAAAUCAGUCCCAAUCUGCUACACCUACCGAAGAAAUAGGAGGAGCAACAAACUGGUUGAAUAAACAGAGAGUAAAGCUCAAUACUAAGCUUUUAGGUCAUCAACCUUCAAUAAUGAAAGAGGAUAAACCCACAUACCGUGAACAAUUCUUGCCACCACAAAUGAGUAUACUGGCUUAUUUAUUGACAAAGCCGGAGACAUUAGCUGAUAUAGAAGAAGGAUCUAGUGAUUCAGAAAGCGAUGAUGAAGAUGUUUUUGACAACAAUGUUCGUGCAUUAUCAUCAACGAAUACCGAACAUUCGGAUCCAAAUUCAUACUCUUGGCUUGUGCUUAAAUUAGCUAGUCUGAGGAUAGCUCAAAUGAAGCUCAAUGAUUUCUUAACUAUUGCAGGCAUUGAAUCUUCUGAACUACCAGUUGCGAGUCCAUUGAUUCACUCCUGCUUGAGAAGAAUCUCGAAUUGGCAAGAAAAAUUGAAGAGAGAACUUGACAUGAGACAAACUCCACUGGAAUACAUCCCAGGAUGUUUUGUAGAGAGUACAUAUGGACCACCAAUUCAGAAAUACAGACAACUAUUAGAGCCCCAAAAUACACCCUUCAGUACAAAAAAUUCUGCUGCUGCAGCUCGUCGUCUAUGGACCUACCUGGUUCAUCAAGAAGGAGUCCAAGAUAUAUUCAUAAGAGCAGUAUUUGGAAAGAGACGUUCUUCUAAUUCUAUAGAUGGUGAUUCUCCUCAACCGGAACCACCAGUCCAAGAGCCUGUGCGUAUUAUCCAUAAGGAGCAAGAUUCCAUUGCUUCCUUCAGUUUGAAUCAGGUUUCAACUGGAUUGAUUGUUAUUGCAACCCCUAGGGAAUUACAAGAAAUGGACAUAUCCCUACUUCUAGAACUACCUGCUUGGUUAGAGGAUGAAUGUGAAUUGGAUAUUCUGAAUAUGAAUAAAGAAAUAGUUGAUUCAAGUGCACCUCCUUUCCUUGUUAUUCAAAGUGCAGGAGAUAAAGCCAAGGAUACACAACCUGGAAGCCCCUCAGGUGCAAUGCCAAGUCAGAGUGGUCGUGGUACUAGUGUGUGUUCAUCAAAGGGUUAUCAAACUUCCCCUGAGGUUGAAUUGAUGAAGGGGUUAAGCUUCCCAGGGUGUCACGAUCCAAAUUUUGUCAACUUGGUUCUACUGCGUUCAGCACACAUGCUUAGGCCGCUUCAAAAACACAAGAUUGAUAAUGUGAGACGGAUCAGUUCACACCCUCUUCUGCCAUUAUAUUUGACUGGAGGUCAAGACGGCUCUGUACAACUCUGGGAAUGGGGCCACGCCCAGCCUGUUGCUACACCCCGCCCACCUGGAACUUACGCCAAGGUUACGAGGGUAAGAUUUUCACAGCAUGGAAAUAAAUUUGGAGUGGCUGACUCCGAUGGAAAUUUGAGUUUAUUCCAAGUAGGACUAAGUGCUAAUGCAACUAGACCCUUCUUUACGCUCAUGUGCCAUAAUAAAGGUAUCAGCGACUUUGUAUUCUUAGGAUCUUGUAGUUUAUUAGCCACAGCUGGUCAUAGUUCUGAAAGCAAGAACGUCGCUAUCUGGGAUUCUAUCUUACCUCACGGUAAAGCUUUAGUGGUAGCUUUCACUUGCCAUGAUCAAGGAUCUAGUAGCUUGGUAUUUGCUCCACAACAUCAAAUAAUUAUUUCAACAGGAAAAAGAGGAGAUGUAUGUAUAAUGGAUGUUAGGUCUAAAGUUAUAAGGCACAAGUAUAUGGCUCAUGAAAGUGCCGUAAAAUGCAUAGCCUUAGAUCCUCAUGAAGAAUAUUUUGCGACAGGGUCAGCAGAUGGGGACAUUAAGAUUUGGGGAGUGACGAUACCACACUGCCUGAUGUCUCUCCCAUCUGAACAUUCCAGGAGUACAUUUUUCAAGAAUAUUGGUCAAGGAGUAACUCAGUUAUAUCUAGAUGCAAGUGCAAGGUUAUUCUCUUGUGGAACAGAUGGCAGUAUGAAAGUUCGGCAAUUACCAGAUAGGGAAACAUUACUGCACCAUUAAAUGCUUCAAAGCAUUUGUUUGGAAGAAGAAUUUAAAAUAAAUCUAGAAAUUUAUUGCAGAAGUUGUUAUCUUUGAAAAAUUGUAAUUGGUUCCAUUCCAUUGAUAUUUUUUUGAAUCAAGAAAGAUUGCAUGCAGAUUGAAUCAGAAUUUCCUUAUUUACUUUUGUUUAGAAUAGAGUGACGUCGAGAAUGGAACGAUUAAUAUUUUAUUUGUGGUAUUUUGAUGGCUGUAUUAUCAUAGAAAAUCUUAUAUUAUUGUUAGAAAGCUUAUAAUUGCAAUGUACCUACUCGUAUAUAUUCAUGCGUAUAGGAGUGAAAUACUUAUCUAUAACGAAUUUUAAAUGUUCAUGUUGUAUGUAUUUUAUUUAUAAAUUAUCAUCAUCUCAA